CACAACUACGUCCCGCACGAUCAGCACAUCUACUUCGAGCAGUAGUACAGGCACAUCCACUUCGAGCAGUAGUACAGGCACAUCCAGCACUUCGUUCACAACUACGUCCCGCACGAUCAGCACAUCUACUUCGAGCAGUAGUGCAGGCACAUCCAGCACGUCGAGCACAUUGAGCACUGCUUCCGGCAGUGGUACGACCAGCGGUGGUACGAGCAAGUUUGGCACAACCAGCAGGGCUACUUUGAGCGGUCUUUCAACGUCGAUGUCAGAGACAUCUACAGUGUCUUGGACCUCUUCAAGCACUUCAACAAGCUCUGUGGAGGCAGGAUCCUUUGCCGACACAUUGAGGCAGCUGGAGCAAAGCACAGAGGCCCUGCUUCGCCAAUUGUCUGACACAAACGGCACAGGCCAAAACAUCCUCCGUAUUGUCAGUGAGACAUCCAUUGGCAAGGUGUCAGUAAUGAGGUUGCAGGAGCCGAACAGUUCCGUUGAUGGCGAGUAUGUACAGUUGGUUGAUGAGACAUCCGGCACAGUGCUUCCUCUUGAGGUUUUGCAGAACGAUGAGGUGUUGGUGGCGACCUCCUUUUCUGAGAACCAGAACGCCAUCAUUUUCCAAGGUACAAGUCGCACCUUGUUGAAGCCAGUGACCGGAGUGGUGGAUGUCUCCAUUUACGACGUUUACGGUUUGGACAACUGGAAAGCGAAAAAAGUAGUCUCCACUAGGCCCAUCUAUGUGAAGCUGGGGCCUCUGACUGAACCUUUUGACGCCACCAGAUGGACAUGCGCAUACUUAGAUGGUGACACCUGGUCCACUGACGGAGUGCGCCUGGUGACAGCGGAGGAGUUGGAGGCAUUCAACCUGUCGGCUUCAGGGGCAUGGUGUGUCUCUUAUCAUCUUUCCAUCUUUGCUGGCUUCCUGGAUUUGCUUUUGGAUUGCACAAACAUCAAUGUCUUAUCGGAGGAAAACUUGCAAGAGAUUCUGAAGCCUCGCUGGUGGUCAAGGCCCCCGGCCUUAUUUCUUUGGCCUUCGAUGGCUCUGUUGCUGGCUCUGAUCGUUUCGGGCAUCUUCCUUGACGCGUCGGUGCGCCGUUCCGGGCUCUGGAAGGACGAGUACUUCCUGACCGAGGUGCCACCGGUGCGUGGCAGCUGUGGCAGCUGUGGCAGCUGCACCGCUAGGCGCAGCGAUGCGUCGGAGGCUCCGAAGAAACCGAGUGCUUCGACCGUUCCAGCCCUGCAUCACGAGCCGAGUGUGGCGAGCCUGGCGCGGUUUCACCAGGCAGACUUGGCGCGGAUCCAGAAGAAGCUGCACAGGGUGAUGAACCCAGCGAUUUCCAGCAGAAUUCAGGAUGACAGUAUCUGGCGAAAUACCUUGAGAUAUGUGGCGCUGCAGCACAAGCUACACAUAGAAUCUCUUGAAAUGCAUGUUUGGGGGAGGAAUGGUUGGGUGCAGGGCAGUCUGGCUGUGGAGAAGUCGCCAGUGCUCAAGUCUUUGGUCAUGAGACUGGAAGGAGACCUACCAGAGGCCUUUGUUUUGAUGCACAGCUCGCGGCUUCACCGAGUGUGCUCCACCUUUUUAGCAGCUCACCCUGCUUACACCUUGCUUCACUGUGAUUUACAUGUCACUGCCGCCAAGCGAGGCAAAAUCUUCAUGGACUGCAUCCUAGGCUCUUUGGCGUUCGUUGCGAUCUUCUUCUCGGUGGAUGGAUCUGCAGUGGCUGCCCGCAGCCCAGCAGACUGCCCCGCCCAACAAGGCACCUUUCUAUGGUACACAUUUGUCACACUCUUCUCCAUUCUCUUGAAUUUCAUCCCACGCAGUUUGUUGUUCCACUUAGCCUGGAGAGACUUUGAACAACGCGACAGAGCUCAUCGCCGGAGGCAGCUGCGCAAGCGACUCUGGUGGGAUAUUCAGUUUUGGGCUGUGGCUAUUGGCCUUUCCUGCCUCCAUGUGCUGGUGAUAACAGCCUUUCUAGCAAAUCUGGGUGAAGCUGAUGAGUGGAAAUGGAUGCUAUCAUUCACCGUGGUAUUGCUUCGAAAGUUGAUCAUUGUGCCGGUGGUUUCCUGCAUUUUUUCAGGCCUGGUGUCGGAAGUCACUGCUUUCGCCCAACCAGCGCUGCUCUCAGAUCCUCCCAGGAAGUUCGGCCUCGAUUUGAGUCUGCGCUCCAGUUCGACUUCGAAUCUCGGAAGUACCGGAAGUACUGAGUCCCUGGAGUCUCUGGAGCCGGGUGUAUCAACGACCUGGGAGAACAAGGUCAAGGAGUUGGCACAGCGUGGCAUCACCGUGAGGCAAUUGUUGGAUUUCUAUGCCGACCUGGAGCAACAGAUGUCACAUUUUGAUCCAGACCAGUCGACCACUCAUGAUGUUGUGCGCCAAGUCGUGAUCCCUGGCUCCUUGCAGAUGAGAGGCUCCAGGCACUAUCAAAUCGUUGUCCAAUGUGAGCACUUUGAGCCGUUGCAGACAGCGAUCUGCUCAGUUCGUGCCGUGAAUGGUUCCUGCACCAAGCCAUGGAAGGGUGGCGAUUCAGUUCGGCCAAAGGAGCCGUCCUGGGAAGCAGUUUUCCUCCUUCAAGAUAUCAACCAAGAAGCGAUCCGCAUUAGUCUAGAGUUGGAACAGACAGUCUGCGAAGCAGUCUUGCCGAAUUCCAGCUUCCAGAGUGGUUUUGAAGGAGACAUCCAACUUGGUGCGACAUCUCUUCACGUCCGCAUUGUCCGCAUUCAUUCCCUAGAAGACCUCCAAGACGCGGAGGCCGUUGCUAAGACCGUUAGCCAUGCCUCAUCGCAUGGCUCGCAGAGUGUGGCAGCAGGAGCAUUCCACAAAGCCAUGAAUGAAAGCUCCUCUGUCCAGAUUCUUCCGAAGAAGCCCUUUGAGAUUGCAUCUCGAGCAUAUUUCAAGCUACCCGAUGUGCCUGGUGGAGAGCCCGCCAGAGGCUAUGCCGGCCGUGGUUUUGCCUAUGCAACUGCUGUGAACCGUGGCGUCCCGAUGUUGGCGUACAAAAUGGUGACACACAAUUGGGGCAACAAGUUUACUCACUUGAUUGGAGCCAUCUUUGCAGAUGCUCUGCAAGAAGAGACAUAUGAUGGUGUGGUGACUCUUCUGAAGAACAAGGACUUUGACAGAUUACACCAACAGCUGGAUGAGAGGAAUCAACUGAGUGUCCCUUACUGGGUCUGUGCCUUUUCUGUCAACCAACAUGCAGGAAUUUGUGCCAGAGCACCCACGGCAGAUUCGACAGGUCAUCCCAUCACCACCUGUUCUUGCAAAACGCAGAAGCACUUUGAAGGCGAUUUCAGUGAAAUGAACAAGUUCGAUGACAUGAUGAAUUAUUUGAAGCGGCAACUGCGUGAAGUCUAUUCCGAGGUGAGAUUGGAGCAGGUUGUUGCGAUGGAUGUGAACUUUACCCUCCUGACGCGCGUUUGGUGCGUUGCAGAAUUGGUUGAAGCGGAUCAUUUGCACAUCUCCCAGGCGGUGAAGAUUCACUCGGGAGCCUCCAGAGACGUUUGCCUUGGACGCUUGGCGUCCUCCGAUGUGCGACAGGCAGAAGCGUCCUUUCCGGCAGACAAGGAGUUGGUUUUGGGCAAGAUCGAGAAUGUGGAGGCAUUCAACAAGCGCCUGCAAGAUUUGAUGCUGCACCGUUUGGAUUCGUUCCUAGGGAAACAUUCUGCAACCGCUUCGACGCUCUGUGAUGAAAUUCUUGGAGCAGCUCUGACAGUAGCAAUGUGA